AUGAGACGAACAAAGAAACCGAAACCCAAACUCAAGCGUCACAUUGAAGAUGUUCCAUUUUAUAAAUUUACUCAUGGGAAAGAUGAGCUACCGCUUGAUCCAGCCCGCACCUUCAUAGUGGAACAAAUCGGAAAAAUACACUCCACUAAAUCGAGUUGCUUCACCAAGGAUUACAGUCUUCAUCGUACUCCGCGUGGUGAUGGUACACUCGAGCCCGAACUAUUACCAUCCGAAUGUGCUACGACGUUUCCUCACCUAGAACCCAACCCGCGUCCCUCGACAUCGAAGAUUUACUGUCGCGGUGAACCUGCCCGCGACGUUCGUGGCCGUGGGCUGGCAGCGAAAGACAAAGACGCCACCGAUCGUAUGAUUGAUGUGUAUAAGCGAUUUCGGUUGAAAAUCUUCCACGACCUAGCGCUCACCAAACCGGUGCUUCGUGGUAAUGAAUUUUUCCGUCGCUAUGGCCGCAACGAUGAUGACGGUCGUCGAAAGCUGCCCUCGCUGUGGAGAAAGAAACGACCGCAGAAGUUUCAGUUUGAUGAGUUUGCUUAUCGUACGCCGGAGGAAAACGAGGAAGCGUUGCGUCGCAUCCAGAAGCAUCUGGAUAAGAUGAUUGCAAAGAGCAUAAGAGAGGCUGAAAAGCGACGUCGGGAAAAGGAGGAGCAGGAGCGAAGACCGCAUAUAUCAAGAAACUUAAACAAUCGGAAAGCAUGUAAGUACUUAUUCCAGAAAUACUCCACACCCGUCCUUACUUAUCUCCCGCCUUCUUCCAGGAAACUUAAAUAUCUGCAAGCCUUACUGCCUGUUCACCCCGAUGAACAAAAAGACAAAAUACUGUCACGAUACGAGCAAAACUUCCACCAUGCGAUGUGUUUCUUCGACGACGCAAUGAAGCAGCGUACACUGAACGUUCUGGAUCAGCUAGAUGUGCGAAAGAUCGAACACUAUCCUUCGCAUCUUAUCAAAAAGAUUAUUCCACGUGUUGAUCAACGCCUUAACUAUCUCAAACAAGCGUAUAAGUUCAUCCUCGAAGAAGAACAACUUUGGCCUAACGUAUAUCCCGAGGUAAUACUGAUGGACUAUCUUUUCGAUACUGAUCAUGGUGUGUCUCGGGAUCAGGCGGUGUUCUUCAUCAUCCUGCUCAUGGAUCUUCAGGAAGACUAUCGCUACUAUGUGAAACGUGCCUUUCUUCGAUAUAUACUACACUCAGAAAUGGAACGAUCCCGUCUUCAGCUAGCGAUUGAACCACCCGAGUUCCCUAUCGCCACUAUGGUCGCUCCGGUACCAUGGAAGUGUUCCAUUCAGCUGGCAAAAAAUCGACUCGAGGAGGUGCUCAUGAUAAAUCACCCAGUGCUGCAAGCGAUCAAUAUGCUAUGGCACAAGCUAUACAGCAAUCUAUUGGUUGUCGAUUCAGUGAAAUUCUACAGCACCGAUGUCCCGAUGCAUGCUGAUAAAAUAACCGAGAUGAUACACAACAGUUGUCGAAUAACGAGAGAUGUAAGAUUUACAUUCUUCACGCAUUCCACACAAAGCAGUUUACAAUUUACAACAAUCUUUUUUAGAUAUUAA